AUGGACCCUAGAAGCUUUGUCCUGGAUGUGGUGCGUUGUGAUGUGUGUGAUACUCCUGUCCCCCCACUUCACUGUGACUUCUGUCAGAUCUAUCUCUGCAAAGCUUGUGUUGGAGAUCAUCUGUUGAAUGAGUCUAGAAAACACCAAGUUGUUCCGUUCAAACAUCGAACUUUAAAUCAUACUACAUGCUCAAAUCAUGCCACAGAACGAUGCAAACUUCAGUGUUUACAAUGUGAUUCCUCAUUUUGUACGAUUUGCGUUUUCUGUCAUGAACAUGAAGAACAAAACGUAAUUCCAGUUCAAUGUUCUUCUAAGAAAACCAACACAGAUCAAAAUACAGAAUGUAGAUCACUACCAGUGCUCCCUAAUACAACAGAAGAUCACAGCAAAACAGCGAAGACCUCUGGUGCUGGGUCCCAUCAUCUCAGACCCUUGCUCAUUGAGCCACGGAUCAUCACCACAAUACAAACACAGUUUGGUGGUACUCUUAACAAGUUAUGUAGUGUUGGCUGUCACAAGGAUGCAGAAAUUUGGACGUGUGGCUCUAGAAAAAAUACCAUCGAACGUUACACGCUCCUCGGAAAAAAGGUGCAAAAAGAAUCAAUCCUAACCAAGUCAGGGAACGGUCCAUGGGACAUAGCUGUGACAAGGAGUGGGGAUCUAGUUUAUACUGAUGACAAUGACAAAUCUGUGAACAUGAUAAAGAACAAACAGAUACAGACAGUGAUCAGACUACAGGGGUGGAAACCUCACGGUGUCUGUAGUACCUCCUCUGGUGACCUUCUGGUUGUCAUGAACAGCGACGAUCAUAAACAAACAAAAGUUGUGCGAUACUCUGACUCAAAUUUGCGUUACACUGGUCCCAAAGAGGAACAAAGCAUUCAGUACAAUGACAGAGGACGACCUCUCUAUUCAACAAGCUAUAGCAAUAAAUACAUCAGUGAGAACACGAAUUUCGAUAUAUGUGUUGCUGACUAUGGGGCCUGCGCCGUGGUGGUGGUCAAUCAGGCCGGGAAACUCCGGUUUACCUACACUGGUCCUCCCUCUACUACCAAGGGAUCAUUCUAUCCACGCGGCAUCACAACAGACAGCCAGGGUCGGAUCCUGACAGCAGACUGUUACAACCAGCGUAUCCACAUCCUGGAUCAGGACGGACAGUUCCUCCGCUACAUUGAGAACUGUGAUUUACAUGAACUGUACAGCUUAUGUGUGGACACCAAAGACAACUUGUUUGUAGUUGAGUCGAUCACAGGUAAAGUGAAGAAAAUACAGUACUGCAUGCAAGGACAUUAAUUUAACCUUGAGGAGUAGAGGUGUGGUGUUUAGUACACAAAUAUAUUUAUUUCAAUAUUGGCGACACACUUCACCGAGAAAUUCAAAAUUGAAACGAGUAACAAAUUAAAUACAAAUUUGUGUUGUGAAUGGUUUGCAAUCUGAAAUAUGUCUGUAUCUUUGAGUUUAUAUGUCAAUUUCAACCUGUGUAUACAUGCUUUUUGUCGUAAUCUGGACAACGGAAAAAUCCUUAGAAAAUUCGGUGAUUAAUAAAGUAUGAAAGACGUCAGUCAG